AUGACUGUGUCCUUUUCAGUCGAGGUCAAUGAUGACUGGGAGCUCUGUGGAAUGAAGGAAUUUCAUCGAUCCAGGAGAGUGUCCCUAGGAUUUCCCCCUCGAGGCUGCUGGCGAGGCACAACAACUGCUCCAGAAACAUCUACAACAACAGAGACGUCCACAAUCACAACAACUGCUCCUGAAACAUCAACAACCAGCGCAGCAGAAACAUCUACAACAACAGAGACGUCCACAAUCACAACAACUGCUCCUGAAACAUCUACAACAACAGACACUUCGACAAUCACAACAACUGCUCCAGAAACAUCAACAACCAGCGCAGCAGAAACAUCUACAACAACAGAGACUUCCACAAUCACAACAACUGCUCCUGAAACAUCUACAACAACAGAGACGUCCACAAUCACAACAACUGCUCCUGAAACAUCUACAACAACAGAGACUUCCACAAUCACAACAACUGCUCCUGAAACAUCUACAACAACAGAUACUUCCACAACCACAACAACUGCUCCAGAAACAUCAACAACCAGCGCAGCAGAAACAUCUACAACAACAGAGACUUCCACAAUCACAACAACUGCUCCUGAAACAUCUACAACAACAGAGACGUCCACAAUCACAACAACUGCUCCUGAAACGUCUACAACAACAGAGACGUCCACAAUCACAACAACUGCUCCUGAAACAUCUACAACAGCAGAGACGUCCACAAUCACAACAACUGCUCCUGAAACAUCUACAACAACAGAUACUUCCACAACCACAACAACUGCUCCAGAAACAUCAACAACCAGCGCAGCAGAAACAUCUACAACAACAGAGACUUCCACAAUCACAACAACUGCUCCUGAAACAUCUACAACAACAGAGACGUCCACAAUCACAACAACUGCUCCAGAAACAUCAACAACAACAGAGACGUCCACAAUCACAACAACUGCUCCUGAAACAUCUACAACAACAGAGACAUCCACAAUCACAACAACUGCUCCAGAAACAUCUACAACAGCAGAGACGUCCACAAUCACAACAUCUGCUCCUGAAACAUCUACAACAACAGAUACUUCCACAACCACAACAACUGCUCCAGAAACAUCAACAACCAGCGCAGCAGAAACAUCUACAACAACAGAGACAUCCACAAUCACAACAACUGCUCCUGAAACAUCUACAACAACAGAGACUUCCACAAUCACAACAACUGCUCCUGAAACAUCUACAACAACAGAUACUUCCACAAUCACAACAACUGCUCCUGAAACAUCUACAACAACAGAGACUUCCACAAUCACAACAACUGCUCCUGAAACAUCUACAACAACAGAUACUUCCACAAUCACAACAACUGCUCCUGAAACAUCAACAACUAGUGCGGCAGAAACAUCUACAACAACAGAGACUUCCACAAUCACAACAACUGCUCCUGAAACAUCUACAACAACAGAUACUUCCACAAUCAAAACAACUGCUCCUGAAACAUCUACAACAACAGAGACUUCAACAAUCACAACAACUGCUCCUGAAACAUCUACAACAACAGAUACUUCCACAAUCACAACAACUGCUCCUGAAACAUCUACAACAACAGAGACUUCCACAAUCACAACAAGUGCUCCAGAAACAUCUACAACAACAGAGACUUCUACAAUCACAACAACUGCUCCUGAAACAUCUACAACAACAGAGACUUCCACAAUCACAACAACUGCUCCAGAAACAUCUACAACAACAGAUACUUCCACAAUCACAACAACUGCUCCUGAAACAUCUACAACAACAGAGACUUCCACAAUCACAACAACUGCUCCUGAAACAUCUACAACAACAGAUACUUCCACAAUCACAACAACUGCUCCAGAAACAUCUACAACAACAGAUACUUCCACAAUCACAACAACUGCUCCUGAAACAUCUACAACAACAGAGACUUCCACAAUCACAACAACUGCUCCUGAAACAUCUACAACAACAGAGACUUCCACAAUCACAACAACUGCUCCAGAAACAUCUACAACAACAGAUACUUCCACAAUCACAACAACUGCUCCUGAAACAUCUACAACAACAGAGACUUCCCCAAUCACAACAACUGCUCCUGAAACAUCUACAACAACAGAUACUUCCACAAUCACAACAACUGCUCCUGAAACAUCUACAACAACAGAUACUUCCACAAUCACAACAACUGCUCCUGAAACAUCUACAACAACAGAUACUUCCACAAUCACAACAACUGCUCCUGAAACAUCUAAAACAACAGAGACUUCCACAAUCACAACAACUGCUCCUGAAACAUCUACAACAACAGAGACUUCCACAAUCACAACAACUGCUCCAGAAACAUCUACAACAACAGAGACUUCCACAAUCACAACAACUGCUCCAGAAACAUCAACAACCAGCGCAGCAGAAACAUCUACGACAACAGAGACUGCUCCUGAAACAUCUACAACAACAGAGACAUCCACAAUAACAACAACUGCUCCUGAAACAUCUACAACAACAGAGACAUCCACAAUCACAACAGCUGCUCCUGAAACAUCUACAGCAACAGAGACUUCCACAAUCACAACAACUGCUCCUGAAACAUCUACAACAACAGAUACUUCCACAAUCACAACAACUGCUCCUGAAACAUCUACAACAACAGAGACAUCCACAAUCACAACAGCUGCUCCUGAAACAUCUACAACAACAGAGACAUCCACAAUCACAACAGCUGCUCCUGAAACAUCUACAACAACAGAGACUUCCACAAUCACAACAACUGCUCCAGAAACAUCUACAACAACAGAGACAUCCACAAUCACAACAGCUGCUCCUGAAACAUCUACAACAACAGAGACAUCCACAAUCACAACAACUGCUCCUGAAACAUCUACAACAACAGAGACAUCCACAAUCACAACAGCUGCUCCUGAAACAUCUACAACAACAGAGACUUCCACAAUCACAACAACUGCUCCUGAAACAUCUACAACAACAGAGACUUCCACAAUCACAGCAACUGCUCCUGAAACAUCUACAACAACAGAGACUACCCCAAUAACAACAACUGCUCCAGAAACAUCUACAACAACAGAGACAUCCACAAUCACAACAACUGCUCCUGAAACAUCUACAACAACAGAGACAUCCACAAUCACAACAGCUGCUCCUGAAACAUCUACAACAACAGAGACUUCCACAAUCACAACAACUGCUCCUGAAACAUCUACAACAACAGAGACUACCCCAAUAACAACAACUGCUCCUGAAACAUCUACAACAACAGAGACAUCCACAAUCACAACAACUGCUCCAGAAACAUCUACAACAACAGAGACUACCCCAAUAACAACAACUGCUCCUGAAACAUCUACAACAACAGAUACUUCCACAAUCACAGCAACUGCUCCUGAAACAUCUACAACAACAGAGACUACCCCAAUAACAACAACUGCUCCUGAAACAUCUACAACAACAGAGACUACCCCAAAAACAACAACUGCUCCUGAAACAUCUACAACAACAGAGACAUCCACAAUCACAACAGCUGCUCCUGAAACAUCUACAACAACAGAGACAUCCACAAUCACAACAGCUGCUCCUGAAACAUCUACAACAACAGAGACAUCCACAAUCACAACAGCUGCUCCUGAAACAUCUACAACAACAGAGACUUCCACAAUCACAACAACUGCUCCUGAAACAUCUACAACAACAGAGACUACCCCAAUAACAACAACUGCUCCUGAAACAUCUACAACAACAGAGACAUCCACAAUCACAACAACUGCUCCAGAAACAUCUACAACAACAGAGACUACCCCAAUAACAACAACUGCUCCUGAAACAUCUACAACAACAGAUACUUCCACAAUCACAGCAACUGCUCCUGAAACAUCUACAACAACAGAGACUUCUACAAUCACAACAACUGCUCCUGAAACAUCUACAACAACAGAUACUUCCACAAUCACAGCAACUGCUCCUGAAACAUCUACAACAACAGAGACUUCUACAAUCACAACAACUGCUCCUGAAACAUCUACAACAACAGAUACUUCCACAAUCACAACAACUGCUCCUGAAACAUCUACAACAACAGAGACAUCCACAAUCACAACAGCUGCUCCUGAAACAUCUACAACAACAGAGACUUCCACAAUCACAACAGCUGCUCCUGAAACAUCUACAACAACAGAGACUUCCACAAUAACAACAACUGCUCCUGAAACAUCUACAACAACAGAGACAUCCACAAUCACAACAACUGCUCCAGAAACAUCUACAACAACAGAGACUUCCACAAUCACAACAACUGCUCCUGAAAUAUCUACAACAACAGAAACUUCCACAAUCACAACAACUGCUCCUGAAACAUCUACAACAACAGAAACUUCCAAAACCACAACAACUGCUCCUGAAACAUCUACAACAACAGAUACGUCCACAAUCACAACAACUGCUCCUGAAACAUCUACAACAGGCUAA